AUGUUGGUAGAAGCCAACCAAAAUUUCCAAGGCAGCAGGGCUUAUCAAUACCCACUCAACUUCCACCUAGAGCUGACCUUCCUUUAUGUGUUGGUAAAGGAUUUCAUGCGUAAUUGUGGUGAAUCACAGUAUCCCAAGCUUGAAGUUCCUGUGACAGACUAUAUUCCACUCAAUCGCCAGGAAGUUCAAAGCAUUUCAAGUGAUGGCUAUGACCCAAAUUUUCAAAUAAAGACAGGAAAUGGAAAUUCCGUCAACUCUAACGGUGGUUCUCAGCAAAGUAUUACUCCACGAGGUUCUUCCUCCUUGAGUUCACAACUUCUCCUUCAGAAGAAACUACUUGCUGAUUCUCAGAUUGGAAAGACCAGCUUUCAGAAGCUAUUAGAACUAACUCCACCUACACGAGCAGGAAUUGCUCCUUAUCGGAUUAUUCUUGGGGAAGUAAAGGAAAAGCUUUUGAAGACACGGAGACUUCUGGAACUUCUUCUUGAGGGUCUUCCUUGUGAUUAUGAUUCUUGGGAUUACUAUGAAACAUCAGACCAACUUCUGGAACCACUACUUCUCUGUUAUGAAUCUCUGCAGUCAUCUGAUGCUGGAGUUCUAGCUGAUGGCCGGCUUGCUGAUCUUAUCCGUCGAGUUGCUACCUUCGGCAUGGUUUUGAUGAAACUUGAUUUACGACAGCUGCAAAGCAUUCUGAAGGCUUUGGAUGCAAUUAUAACAUAUUUGGACAUGGGCACAUAUAGUGAAUGGGAUGAAGAGAAGAAACUCGAGUUUUUGACAAGGGAAUUGAAAGGGAAACGUCCUCUUGUCGGUCCUGAAGUGAAAGAAGUACUACACACUUUCCGAGUUGCUGCUGAGUUAGGAAAGGCAACACCUCAGGCCGAGCUCGGUUUCCUCAACAUAGGAAGCCGACCAACACGAAGGAAGAGCUCAACUGGUAUUGGAUAUCUCCGCGCAAUCCCUUGGGUUUUCGCUUGGACACAAACAAGGUUUGUCCUGCCAGCUUGGCUAGACGUAGGAGCUGAUAUCCCAAUAGCCAAACACUACGAUGAACAGCUUGUCUCAGAGAGCAGAAGAGGACUUGGUAGUGAGCUCAGAAAGGAAUUGCUGACUACUGAGAAGUAUGUGCUUGUGAUAAGCGGCCAUGAAAAGCUCUCGGAGAACAAUCAGAGACUGAAGAAGCUGAUUGAGAGUAGACUUCCGUAUCUGAAUCCAAUCAACAUGCUGCAGGUUGAGAUCCUCAAGAGGCUAAGAUGUGAUCUUGACAACUUCAAGCUCAGAGAUGCAUUGCUCAUCACCAUCAACGGUAUUGCAGCUGGAAUGAGACACUGGUUAAGAGCUCUCAGGUCUGAAUUUGCUUGUGGUUUGAACUACUCCUCCCUGUUUCAUCCAUCUGCUUCUUAG